CUCAGAAACACCAACGUCUACGACAUACCGCCUCUGUGACCUAGUACUGCUCUUUCGACCUUCCUUUUCUCGCCGACUACAUUGUAGCUUCACCCCACAGCCUUUCAAUUCUCGUCCACACAAACAGCCACCAUGUUCAUAGCACGAAGCGAAUAUGAUCGCGGCAUCAACACCUUCUCGCCCGAAGGCCGCCUCUUCCAAGUCGAAUACUCGUUAGAAGCCAUUAAGCUCGGCUCAACAGCGAUAGGUGUAGCAACAGGCGAAGGUGUAAUCCUCGGCGUAGAAAAGCGCGUAACAUCCACCCUCCUCGAAACCAGCUCGGUCGAGAAGAUUGUCGAAAUCGACCGCCACAUCGGCUGUGCCAUGUCCGGCCUGCAAGCCGAUGCACGAAGCAUGGUCGAGCAUGCCCGCGUCGAGAGCCAGAACCACGCCUUCAAUUACAACGAGCCACUGCGCGUCGAGAGCUGCACGCAGGCGAUAUGCGAUUUGGCGCUGCGAUUUGGCGAGGGUGCUGAGGGAGAGGAGAGCAUCAUGAGUAGGCCGUUUGGCGUGGCGCUGUUGAUUGCGGGUUACGAUGAAGAUGGGCCGAGUCUAUAUCACGCCGAACCCUCCGGUACUUUCUACCGCUACGAUGCCAAAGCUAUCGGAUCCGGAUCCGAGGGUGCACAAGCAGAGCUCCAGAACGAAUUCCACAAGUCGCUUACCCUGCCUGAGGCCGAGGUGCUCGUGCUCAAGACACUGAAGCAGGUUAUGGAGGAGAAGCUAGACAGCAAGAAUGUGCAGUUGGCAAGUGUGACCAAGGACAAGGGCUUCAGGAUCUACACGGAUGCGGAGAUGGCGGAGGUCGUAGGAAGGCUGCCCACGAAUUAGGUCAUGAGUAGCAAGCGCGGAGUACAAUCGCGAUAGGCCACGAUCUGGAGAUGUAGAGGAUAUCAAAAGGAGCAUCUUAAAGCGCCUAUCAUAGUCACGAUCAAUGAAGCCAUGCAUGCAUCUUGCACAGGAUUGACCAGAAGAAAUGUCUAUUCCGCAAUCGCAGCCGCUAAUGUACAGCAUGCUAUUCCAUCUUGAUGCUCAUGCCACGCUUUGUAUGGUACAUCGUCCCCCGUCAGCCUCCUCGUUCCUCCAUUGCAACCCUUCUGAAACGCAAUGCAUCUAAAAUGGGUUGUCCUCGGGCGCAAUCUCCUUCCUGAAGAAUUCACGCAGAACCGGGAUCUUCAUGACAAUGUCAUCGCGGACCGUGGGGACUUCAGCGAAGAAGAAGAACGCGAAGAAGCCAGCUGCGCCGCCGAAGCCACCGGCA